AUGAGGGGAAUAUGGGCACUCCCAGCGGUGCUGCGCAUAGCGCUGGCGAACCAGCACGCAUUUAGCGUCUUCGACGACUUGCUCGCGUUCCCGCAGUAUGAGGUUUUAUGGCCGGACACUUUUGUGACCGAGAAUGAUGCGACUUUCCUGCUCUCCCACGCAUCACCCAGCUCGAGCUCUGCCACACCGGGUUCGCAAGAGACGCAGGAACUAUCCAAGCGCGAUAAGCCAGCCGCGAACAUAGCACACGAGGACGAACCGCUCGAGCAGACAUACGAGGCAGUAGUACUGCACGGACAGCGGUACCUUUGCAGCAUACCUGUGAUACCCGAAGAGAUACCUCAGAAUGACACAACAUCGGCCGAGGAAGCAAAGGCCGAGGAGGAGAAGGAGCUCCUACGCGCAGCAGACCGUGGAUGGGAGUUGCUCGAAGGCAUGAAGGGCAACUGCAUAUACUAUGUGAGCGGCUGGUGGAGUUAUAGCUUCUGCUACAAGGAUGAGGUCAAGCAGUUCCACCAACUGCCCCAGAGCCGAGGGGUCCCCCACUAUCCGCCCGUCGAGGAUACGAGCGUACACAGCUUUGUACUGGGCAAAUAUCCAAAAGAGGACAAGAACAAGAAAGCGGAUGCCCAGAAAACGCUUGGAAGUGAACAAGGCAGCAAGGAGGCUUUCGACGACGAGGGCGAUGCGGGUGAAGAGGAGGAGAAGGGCCUAGAGAUAUCAAGACUAGAGACCAAGGGGUCGAGCAGGUACAUGGUGCAGCGGCUGUCCGACGGUACCGAAUGCGACUUGACGGGCAAGCCGCGCAAGAUUGAUGUACAGUUCCAUUGCAAUCCGCAGUCUGCCGAUAGAAUCGCUAUGAUCAAGGAAACAAGCACCUGCUCCUACCUCAUGAUUGUCGAUACACCUCGCCUCUGCCACGAUGUCGCCUUCACCCCACCACAAGAGAACCUCGCGCACCCUAUAACUUGUGAACCUGUUAUACCAGAGUCUGAAGUCGACGCUUGGACGGAAGCACAAGUCUCUGCCAAGAUGGCCGCAGCCGAACGUCUCAUCGCUGCUCACAACACAGCCGACGACGCAAAUACAAACCCACUUCGCGAGCUCGCCGACGACCUUGAGGGCUCUUCCAAGCGCAUCGUCAUCGGUGGCAUUGAAGUCGGUGCGAAGAGGUUUGUUGGAAGCGAAGGCAAGGUGAUCGAGAAGUCAGUCGUUGUUGGAGGAGGCAAGGAGACGUUUGUCGGUACAGUAGCGAGCAGUGACGGCAAGCAAAUGUCUAAAGAAGAAAUGAAGAAGCUCAACAUUGCCGACCCCAAGGAUGUUGAGACCUUGAAAGGAAAUCUAAAGAAGCUAGCAGGCAAGAAAGGGUGGAAAUUAGACCUUGUAGAUACACCUAGAGGCAGGGAGUUCAGAGGUAUCAUCGACACCGAAGAUCAAGACACUGAGAAGACGAAGAAAAAGACGACCAAGAACAAGGAUAAGGAUAGCGCAGGCAUGGGCAAGGAAAAGGAACGUGAGCCUGAGCCUGAGCAGGGUGAUGAGGAUGAGAUGCACGAGGGAAGUGAGGAGGUGUACAAGGAUGAGCUUUGA